AUGGAUAACGAAAAGUACUUACCAGAGCUGAUGGCAGAGAAGGACACACUGGACCCCACGUUUCAUCACUCUCUACGACUUCUAGAUCAAGAAAUCGAAAAAUUGCAAAAAGAUGAAGAAAAAGAAGAGAAAGAAGAGAAAGAAGAGGAGAAGUUUAUCGACGUGGUCAUCAACAAGAACAUGAAGCUGGGCCAGAAAGUGUUAAUACCCUUCAAACAGUUUCCCAAAUUUAACUUUGUGGGCAAACUGCUGGGUCCACGCGGGAACUCACUAAAGAGACUACAGGAAGACACGCUCACUAAGAUGUCCAUUCUGGGGAAAGGAUCAAUGAGAGACAAAGAGAAGGAGGAAGAACUACGGAAGAGCGGAGAGGCCAAAUAUCAGCACCUGAACGAGGACCUCCAUGUCCUCAUAGAAGUGUUCGCUCCCCCUGCAGAGGCCUACAACAGGAUGGGUCACGCACUGGAGGAGAUCAAGAAGUUCCUCAUACCAGAUUACAAUGAUGAGAUCCGACAGGCGCAGCUGCAGGAGCUAACGUACCUGAAUGGUGGCUCAGAGGAUGCCAAGGUGCCAGCGGUGAGGGGCAAACUACCUGCAGCACGGGGUAGAGGGACACCUGCCCCAGGACCCAUCAGGAGUCGAGGAGGUGUGCCCCCUCCCCACGCAGCCGUCCCCCGUGGAGCAGCACCGAGAGGGGCACCCCCCAGCCGGGUACCAUCCGCCCGAGGGAGGGGCGUGCCAGCACCAAGAGCACGAGGGGCUCCCCUAUCCGCGGGGUACAGACCACCACCACCCGUAGCACAGGACACAUAUGGGGAAUAUGAAUAUGAUGAUGGAUACGGGACAGCUUACGAUGACCAGGGUUAUGACUCCUACGACAACAGUUACAGCAAUCAAGGACAGAACUCAGACGAUUAUUAUGAGUACGGACACGAUAAUGGUGAGGAAUCGUAUGAGUCAUACGGUCAGGAGGAGUGGACAACUAAUCGCGGGAAGGUGCCAGCUGCACGGACGACCAAGGGAGUGUACAGAGAGACGCCCUACUCCAGAUAUUGA